CGUCACUAACUUCCUGCAAUAGUUGUUUGGAUAAUGGCGGCGCGUCAUCUAACAGCGUUUCUAACCUUUCAUUAAAAACCGGGUAAAUACCCGACAAACAGCAGGAAUCGAGCACAACAAACGCUUCCGACCGGCAGGGUCUGUUUCGGAUGCUGGCACUGGGCUGGAGGUUAGGAAGACAUGGUUCUCUGAGGAAAGCUUCUGUAAGGAGGGUGGAGUAGCGAUGUGGAGUCAAUCAGGAGGAGAGAAACCUCCAGCGAUGGAUCCCUGCAUGGGGGAGUAUGAGCUGUCAUCCGCAUGGAGGAAUCUGAACCAGAGCAAAGCAGCUCUGCGUCACAUUGAAAAUCAGUUGGAGGCGGCAGUUGGUUCGGGAGUGAUCAUCACCUCACUGAACACGGAGAAGACACACCGUCAGAAACGCAGAGGUAGGCGGAGCUCUGACAGUGACGAAGCAGCGGUUAAGCCCUGCCCACGGAGUCAGCGCAGCACUGAUAAGAGCUCUCGGAGCCCGCUGAGGACCAGCACGCAGGACAACACACACACCGCACACAGACCCUCCUCCUCUCCCCCCGAUGCCUCCCUGAGUCGUCAGGUGUACGAUCGAGACUGUCGUCCUCUUCACUCCGCCGACGCAGACGACACUCGCUCCUCAGCACUGGACGCUACCACCGUACGUGUCCUCAAUGACUCUCCUGCUCUGCAGAGGUCAGAGGUCAUGAAGGGGGGGUCGGAGCACAGCCCGGGGUCGGCACGGCUGGAGAAGCUGCGUCAGCGUCAGACGGAUGAGAAGCUGGAGAAGCUGAAGGAGAGGAUCAGGAGGCAGAGAGAGCAGCUGGAGGAGGCAACACAUGGGGGGCGGGAGAGGGUGAUAGGGGCGGAGCAAGGAAACUCCGCCCACCAGCAGGUCGCUAAAGUGCGCAAAGUGGCAGCCGCGCCUCCUGCGCCGAACUAUAAAGGCUUUAACAACAGUGAGGUGAAGAUCCGCUCCUCAGACGGCAGAGUGUGGGGAGAGGACCAGUUUCACUUAAACCCCGAGAUUUUUCUCACAGAGCAAACGAAACACAAACCAGUGGAGAAAGUGAAGCAGCAGCAGGAGAGGAAGCCGAUCAAACCUGUGAGGAAGAUUCACCGAUCUGUGUCCAUUCCCGAACCCAAAACAGCGAUCAGUGUGUCGUCAUGGCGAGAGGGACAGAAAGUAGUGAAGAUGAUGCUGGGGCCGUUGCCGCGGGAACCACGUGCUCAGUCGGAGGGGAGGGAGAGACGGACAGGUGAGUGCAGGACAGAUGCCGCAUCUCGCUCCAGUUCUGUCCCUCGGCCAGAGUCGGGUCACCGCUCAAGACCGAGCAGCACAGAAAAGCCUGCAGUAAACAAGGUCUCCAGAGCAGCAGGAGGCGCCAGAGGCAGAGAACAUCCUCCAGAUCUAUCCUCCAGGCCACCGGUGAGCACCAGAGUGCGAGAAAGUGCAGUGACUCAGACAUCCAGGCCACAAGGGGGAGCUGGCGCUCUGUCUGCCAGUCUAGAACUCCUUCCUGCUGACAUUCGCGGUAUCUUAGAUGAUCUUCAUCUGGAAGACGGCACCAGGUCACGUGACGCAGGCCGAGUUGGCUGGAAGAGGGCAGGACCGAGCCCACUGAAACCACGCCCUGAGAGCACGGAGAGGGCGCUGCCACGGAAACGGCACUACGACGCAGACGCGGUGCGGCGCUACAUCGCUAAACAGCAGGAGGAGAGGAAAAGGAAGCAGGUGGAGGAGAGGCGGAGUCAGCGGGAGGAACAAGAGAGGCGGAGUCAGAGACUGCAAGAACUGUACAAGAAACAACGUGAGGGCGUCGCCAAGCAGCAAGUCCCGCCCCCUAAUCUCAUAAACCCUCGUCUGCAAGAGACGUACACCAAGAUACUCCUGGAACACACGCUGCAAGGGACACGGCCGGUGUAUCAGCCGUCUGGAGAAUCAGAUAAAGAGAACAAGAGACUCGAACAACUCAGUCCUUCCACCAGUGAGCUCUCGGAACACACACCGUCUCCACUCUGCAGGGCUGAUUUGGCACCCCCUGCUGGUCAGUUCUUCUCUCAUCUUCUCAGUCUGGAGCCAGAGUGUGUAAACUCCACUACACACCUGCGAGACACACACACUGUGGACACACAUCAGGUGAGGACAGGCCACGCAGACACACACACCACAAGCAGGCUGAACCGUAUGGAGGCCCUGAAGGCCUGCGCUGCCUCUCUGUCCAGCCGAAUAGAAAACGAAGCACGAAAACUGGUCUCCUACAGAAACAACGAUGAUGACGACGACCACGCCCACCGGGUCAAACCACCGAGUCCUCCGGAGAGAGAGCAACCUGAUUCUAGCUCGAGGAUCCACAAUGAUGUGAAAGAACUUCCUGGUGUCGGAAACCUGUACAGCUUCAUCACCCAGGAGGGGUGGGGUGAGACUGUGAAACCCCGCCCACUCCCUGCCAGCACUGCCCUCCUUUUUUCUGUGCAGGAGGAGAAGCAUGACUCAAGCGGAGGCUCCAUCAGUGAGGGCUUGCUGAGCGACGGCAGUCUGUCUGAUCCUGGCGAUGAUUCUGCAGCUCGUCACGACCGCAUCGCUCUGUUCCAAAAAGAGGCAGAGCUCCACACGCCAUAUAGGCCUGUGGUGACAUCACAGCCAUGGGAGGAGCUUAGCAAGGGCAGCCCUCACAGCGUCAUCAAUAUAUUCGCCAAAAACAUAAACAAAUACAGCAACGUGAUGGACACAGAAGUGGACAGAUCUCCACCUGCCCUCCGUUCCUCUGCGUCUGCUCACAGCUUAGCAAACGGCGUCACCUACGAAGACGACUUCGUUUCAUCCCGCAGCAGUAGCCAAUCGGCAUCGAAGAGAACUACUAAUGGCAUCAGUAACAGCCGGAGCUCUGCAGCAGGGGAUGAGAAGAGAGAGAACGACAGAUUUUCUCACUCUUCUGCCUCCACCCCUAUGACCUCACCUUCCUCCACCCACUCCAUCAGCAAGAGAGGGUCAGAAAAGCGUUUGGAGCGCACCCUGGUGGACGCACGAAGAAGCGUGUCUUCGUUCGCCUCUGAGUCUCAGAGGAGUGACCGGAAGAAGAGUGACUCACCUCGAGGCUCUCGCAGGAGCGCUGAUGGUACACUAGGGGGUGCUUCAGUGCAGUCCAGCCACAGCGUGGUGUCCGAGAUUCCACAGUUUCCCAGAAGCCCUGCUGACUCUCCCAGAAUCUCCGGCUCCUCUGCAUCCAGUCCUGCGUCUGCCAGAGACUCCACCCCCAGAGCCGGAACAGGGGUUACCCACAGUGUAGGCCCUGCCCCCGAACCCACCCACAACACAACAGAGCUCCAUUUUGCCCCGGUCGUCCUGCAGCAGCGUCUGAGCGCUGAGCUGAACUUCCUGGAUGCGGUGGAGGAGUCAGUGAGACAGCUGAGCGAUGUGGAGAGAGUGCGAGCUGUCUCUCUCUCUCAGCAGGAGAGUGUCUCACUCGCUCAGAUCAUCAAGGCUCAGCAGCAGAGGCAGGAGCGAGAGCUGCAGCUGCUAAAGCUGAAAGCGGAACAGGAAGCGCUGGAGGCUCAGAGACACGUCCAGGAGAGCCGAGAGAGAGCAGCACAGGCCCAUGCAGAUCUGUGUGUGAAUCUGGUUCAGUCCCAUCAGAAGGCUCUCAUGGAGCUGCAGGAGAACAGCAGCAAGAUGAUCCACCAACACACCGAGACGGCUCAACACCUCCGAGAGAUGACGGAGAUGACUCGUUCUCGGAUGCUUAAUGUUUCCACCAUCACACCUGUGAGGCAGCCACACCCACAAACAGACAGUAGUAGAAGUGAAGUCUCACCAGAGCAAACACCAACAGCGAACACUCCACAGAGCAGCCUGGCCGAGUCUGAGUCCUUCAGGAUCCAUACUGCCAGCAGUGUGAGACAGAGCGAUGGAGGGGGCGUGGACAGGAGCAGCUUGGUGGACGAGGAAGUGAACAACGCCGCUGAUGACUCUCUCCAAACCGACAGAGACAGCGCCUCAGUCAAUUACUCUUUGAAGUUUGAUGAGUCAGUGACCGAGGAUGAGCUGGAGAAGUCGUUCCGCUCUGUGCUUCCGUCCGAGUCUCACUGGAGGGGAUCCGUGGAGAGGAAACGGCAAUCGGACGAGGAACCCCAUGCUGAGAAAUCAUCUACCAAGGACGGCAGUGUCCCGGUGUUCUCUGGUGAUCAGUACAGCUUCUCAGAGUUCACCAUGGCGAUGGUGAAGCAGUGCAUGCAGGAAGAGGAAGUUCGCUCUCAGCACCAGAGUUCCCUCCUGCGCCUCCGGCACCGAGCCCUCAAGGAAAAAACCAGAGCCGAGCUGGAAUGGCUCGAGCUACAAAAGAGGCAUCUGCGUGAUAAGGGAGAGGAUGAUAAAAUGCCUCCGAUUCGCAAAAAACAGCGAGGCCUGCUGCUCAAACUACAACAGGAGCAGGCAGAGAUCAGGAGGCUGCAGGAGGUGAACCGGGCUGCACGGAGGGAGAGGAAACUGCUGCUGAAACAGCAAGAGGAAAUCGAGAGGAUCCAACACACAACACUGAAACUGAGGGAGAAACUCAGGAACGCUGGAGAUACAAACCAGAGGUCACCUGUGUCAGGUGUGAGUGGGGAUUUGGCCCCUCCCACCGAGCUGGAUGUGGAGUUUCGUAGCCCCUCCCCUUUAUCUGUGUCAGGGAGUGAGACUAGCAGCAUAUUGAAGAAACUGAAGAAGAUGAACUAUCACACAGAUGAGAGAUUUCUUACUCAGCGUGAGCUGCGAUUGGUACAUUGGCGGCAGCAGGUGGAGGCGGAGCUCAGACGUACGGAUGGGGCGGAGCCUCAGUGGAAGGGGCGGGCACUGUCAGACCGUCACAUGCAGCUGAAACACAGCACAGAUGAGCUGCAGAGAGACAGGCAGGAGGAGAGGAAGACUGGGCGAGAAGUGUGCAGUGAGGGGGACUCGUCAUCUGUGCUGUCCGUCUCCAGCAUACACACAGUACAGGAGUGUGAGAACACACACAGCCAUGAGUCUCCCCUGGUUCCUGCAAGUUCCAGCAGUAAAUCACACAGCAACACCAGGAAGCGGGACCUCCCUUCAUCAGCUCCUACAUCUGAGGCGGCAUCGGAUCAGAGUGACAUUGAGGGGCGUGUCUUGGCUCUGAGGGCGGAGCUUCGUCGGCGUAAAGCUGAAGUGCAGCGUCUGAAGAAGGAGCAGAGACUGAGACACAAAGAGCGACUAAAAGCUCAGGAGGCCAGCCUGCUCAAACAGCUAGAGUCCUACAACACUUUCAUUCAGAAGACCAAAGCUGAGUUGAGUAAAGCAGAUGCUGGCACUUCGGCUAAACCCCAGAUCAAAACUCCAACGUCGAGCUCGCACAAGUCCAGAACCGAAACCUCCACACCGGACAGGUCUGAAACUGAGAAGAGUUUCACAGAAAAGAGUCACGAGUCCGAAUCGGAGAAAUCGGACAGGACACAAACAGAGUCUCCAGUGCUGACCGAUGAAGAUCCUCCCACCGUGACCCCGACCCCAGUGUUAGGAAGCCCCAACUACCUGAGUCCUCCUGAACCUCAGCACAACGACCACACCCGACCCGAAAGCUCCACCAGGCCGGAAACGUACGCCUCGGACCAACAGAGUAUAGCCUCCAGCCCGAGGUCGGAGGUCAUCGAGGAGCUGGAAUCUCCGAGGUCGAAUCUGUCACGGUCGGAACACUCAUACCCGGCGCUCAAUCUGAAAAUCCAGGACGCGAGAGAGGAUUUCUUUAAGAAUGACACAGAAAUCGCUCUCGCAGUAAAAGUCAGCCUUGAAGAAGAGGAACAUGUGAACAGUUCUGAAGAUAUUAAACCCUCACUCUCGACUAAGCCAGAACCAGAAGAACUCAAACAUCCAGAGAUUCCCUCACCCUCGGACGUCUCUCACGCCCCGGACGCUUCCCAGAUGAAGGAAGACUCUGAGCACAAACCCACCGUGUCUCCAUCGGUCGACAGCUACAAAGAUGAUUUCGAAUCAGCGAUUCAGGAGGAACCUCGAACUCAAUCACCUUCUUCCGAAGAUUCAGAGGAGGAAUCCUACAGGUUCUCCUUCAGUAGUGAGGAGGACAUCGAGGAGGACAAUAGCGUCAAAUCAGGUAAUAUCAGCGUUACCCUCGAGCAGGAAAGACCUUUGGAUCUCGUCGUCCUGGGAAAGCGUACAAAAGAAAGUGUUGAUGAUAUUCCCAGAGCUCCAAAGUCUCCAGAGGAUGAAAUGCCCGAUUACGAGAUUGGGGAUCGGGUUCUGGUGAGCAACGUGCAGCCAGGCACUCUAAGGUUCAAAGGACCCACCAGAUUCACGACCGGAUUCUGGGCUGGAGUGGAGCUGGACAUAUCCGAAGGAAGCAACAACGGCACCUAUGACGGCGUCGUUUACUUCCAGUGCAAAGACAAACACGGGAUAUUUGCUCCUCCCGAUAGGAUCUCUCAUUUAUCCGAAACUGUUGAAGGUCGCACCAGAACCUCAGAGGCGGAAGAUUCCUCAUUUGACGAUCGGUCAAAUAAAGUGGAGAAGACGGACAAGUCUGACAGCACGCUUCAGAAAAAAGCAGAUCCAGUUCCACCUUCUGAGACCGAAGAACCGUGUGAGAAAAGUCGUGAUGUGGAAUCAAAGCCUUCUUCAGUUAUCAAAGACUUGAAGAUCGAUCCUGCUGCUGUUGAUGGUGAGAUCUUUGAGGACCUUAAUGGAGGAAAUCAUCCUGUGUCACUUGAGAGGCUCGGAGACAUCGUCCUGGAAUUUAAAGAUGUCUCAAAAGUCGAGGAAGUUCAGGAAGAUCAAACACCAGACAUACUGGACCUGCUGAUCCGUGGAGAGACAUCCACUGCAACAGAGGACCUCCAGAAACCUUUAGAAGUUCCUCCUGAGAAGACGAGCGAGGAUGGCGGGGUCGGAUCGCUCGUGCCGGAGAGCAAACCUCUCACCACUCUGGCCGAUACGCUCAUGGAACGCUUCAUGAGCGAUGCCCUGAAACAGUUUCAGCAAAUCAAGAAAGUGAAGGAGCAGAAAAUCUCAGCUGCUAAUCAACUCGUCUUCCUCGGUGAGGAUGAAGAAUUCUGUGGGAACGACGAGUUCCAGCUCAGAACUUCAUCCGUCAGCAAGACGGACAGGGAAAGCUUCCAGAGUGUCUUCGACAAGGACCAAGAGGAAGUGUCUUCUCCUGAGCUUUGCAACCGAAUGGAGAGCCCAGUCCUGGGUCAGGAGGAGCUGGUCCAGCGUUUAGAGGAGCUGGAGCUGAAUCGUGAGUUCCUACACGUGCUCGGAGACGAGCCGGACUGGUUCGACGAGGACUUCGGCCUCAGCUCCCGCAAACACGCGCAGCACAAGAAUAAACUCCGGCAGGACGAGCUCACGUCCACGUCCGCGGCUAAGCUCCCGCACGUCCGGCAGCAGGAGGAGGCGGCGGUGGCGGCCAUGUUGGUCCCUCACAAGGCUGGCGAGGUGGAGAAGCUGGUGAGCGACGCCCUGCUGGAGAUCUGGAGCGGCUGUGGGAUGGAGCGCGGUCAUCAGAGUCUGACAGCGAUGUCCAAACCCCAGGCUUCAGAAACGUUGCUGGGGGGUCAGAACAGUGAGCAGUGUGUACGCAGCUACAAACAGGCGGUGUUUGACCUGGCGUGGGAGCUCAUGCAGGAAAUCUACGCUGAAGAUCCCAACACCAACCAGCCUCUGUGGAUCAAACCACGCCGACUUCAUUCACCAUACAUCCACAGAAUAGACGACCCCACUGACCUCACUAAAGUCCAGGAUUUUUCUGUUUGUAAAUUGCAGGCGUUUGUCACCAGUGAGGUUCUGAAGCUGUACGGUCUGAAUAAAGAGCAGAACCACAGAACUGACUGGCAGAAGAUGCUUAAGUUCGGCCGAAAGAAGAGAGACAGAGUCGACCACAUCCUGGUGCAGGAGCUCCAUGAGGAAGAGGCUCUGUGGGUGAACUACGAUGAAGAUGAGCUGCUGGUGAAGAUGCAGUUGGCCGACGGGAUCCUGGACACGCUGCUGAAGGACACGGUGGACGUUCUCACCACCAUCCACGAGAGGAGGUCCACACGGGCCCUGUCCUGAUCCUCCUGCACACAUCUCCCAGCCACUACGCCCGUCACACACACACCCUGCUCUGUCGUUUAGGACGGAACCAGGAAUACCGGCUUCUCUGAGGGAUCUAGAUGGGUCAUGUCCCAAUUCUGCUGCUCAGAUCUCCUGUCGCUUUCUUUGAAAAUCUCCUUACAUUUGGGACAGAACCGCACCCCCACCCCUCACUCGUCUGUGUAACUGUACCAUUUCUCCUACAUGCUGGAUUUUUAAUUUAUUUGUAAAGAAAAAAACAUUUUUAAAAAUAGUGUGAAAAUGUGUAAAGAGAUGAUGAUGAUGAUGAUUUAAGCGUGCGUAUACGCGUCUAAGCACAUGCAGAACCUAGAGGAACCUAGCAAAAGGGGAUUUAGAGAUUAAAAUUCAAAACAAUAAAUGGAUCUAUAAACUGUGUUUUUUUAAAUAAAGAGAUUUAAUGAUCAGAACCUAAAGAUAACGAGUGCAUGAUGAGAGAUUAGCGCUUUUAUUCUCCCCCUCUUUCCCGUCUGCCUUUACCGAACCUCCAUAUUAAGUGCCUCACGGUUUAGGCUCCCUCCCUAGGGAGGAACCGUUUUAAGCCUUCCUCUCGCGUGUCAAGUCGAGACGCCUUUUUAAACUCUGAGCUCUUGAACCUGCAUCCGUUUCUGCCUUACAGCUGGAUUAUAAAGCAGAGGAGUGUGCACUUAAUAGUGUGCACUCAGGAGCGUAUCCACCUCAGUGGGACAUAUUCUUGCCACACACUUGGUCUUCUCCGAGUUUGGAAUGGUCCGUGUCCCGAUUGCGCUGCUCACUGUCCCACACUCAGUAGGGAACCUCCUCACCUACAUUUGGAACAAAACCUCGAUGUUUAUUUGAGUGUCCUAAACCUGUACCUUUUCGAUUUGUUUUUUCUGCAUUAAAGACGAUCGCUUAUCUUUUAAGGGAUCCGGGCGGGUUGUGUCCCGAUUCUGCUGCUCAUCCCGAUUCCCUAUGUCUCAUCUGGUACCAAACCUCCCUACAUUCUGCAUUAAGGACAGAACCGAAUCCUCUAUGAGGUUAAAAGUGGCCCCGUCCUGAUUCUGCCAGUCUGACUCCACUUGCACACUCAGUAGGGAUUUUUUAGGACGGGGGGGGAGUCCUACUUCAGGACUUCCCCCAGUAAGGGUCAUUUAAAUCCAGCUUCUGCAUUUAGGACAGAACUAUUUUUUUCUUACAGAUUAUAAAUUCCUGGUUCUUGCAUCACACACACGGUUUUCACUCUACCUCUAUCAGAGAAAAGGCAUCUCGUGAUCAGACUCUUUCCUACGCUGAUAACCAGUUUUUAUGAUAGUUGUAGAAUUUAAUCAUGAUCUUGUGAUGAAGUAAUCAUUCCUCAUGCCGCUGUGUUCCUCUCACGCCGAGCAGGAUUAUGGGAUUGCAAGAGCGAUGUACACAUGGAACGCUCCUUCAGCUCUGUCCGAGAUAAGGGCUCUAACACGACAGCGGCCUCCGUGUUGCCUUCUGAAGAGACUCUCAGUAAGGCUCCUCCCUACAGCCUGCGUUUAGGACAAAACCCAAACCCGGUGCGAUUGAAACUCGAGCGGUAAAACUCCGCCUCCUGAGCAGUCUGCUUCCUGUUCCGAAGCUUCCACCGUAACAGAGUCUUACGUGAUGAAAUAUCGUGAUGUAUAGAGUGAGUUCGGAUGGUAAAUCGCUCUGCCUCUUGGAAAGGUCUCGUUUUCCAUAGACAGGGUGCGAGUCGGAGACGGGGAGGACGCAGCUUGGUUUGUGCACAUGUACAUAUUGAACCUGAACAACUGUUUAAAAUUGUAAAUAAAGCUCUGAAAUAUUCAAAGUAAAUUUGUGGUUUCUACCAUGCUCACACAUCUUGGACCACAGAGCCUCUGAGUUCUGGACUCUGAUUGGUCAGAAAGUUUAAUCCUCUCUAACAGCAGCAGAGGUAUACAGCGGGUAAAAUAAGCAUUAAACCCGUCACCAUUUUUCUCAGUAAAUAUAUUUUUUCUAAAGGUGUUACUGACAUGAAAUCUUCACUGGGUGUUUUUAAUGACGCAUGCAAUCCAAACAUGCAAAGAAAUCAAACCAUAGAUGUCCAGAAGUUAAGUGAUGUGUAAUGAUGUGAAAUAACACCGGGACAAAGUACUGAACACAUGAAGAAAGGGAGGUGCAAAAAGGCAUGGAAAGCCAAGACCCCAGCUGAAAUCAAUCAGUAAUUAGAAAGCAGUCCUGCCUGCUGGUCAGUGCACAUUAUUAUCAGCUGCUUCAGUCCCAACUGAUGGCCUAGAAAAAGGUGUCUCAUUACCAAGGCGUCACACAAGAAACAUCUCAUGAUGGGUCAAAGCUAAGAGCUCUCUCAAAACCUUCACAGUUGCAGAACAUACUGAUGGCAUCCAGACUUGGAAAGAACAUCAUUUCACCAUAAACCGGCCACGCCCAGGUGCUCCUCACAUGAUUUCUGACCGAGGAGUGAAGAGAAUGAUCAGAAGAGUUGUCCAUGAGCCAAGGAGCACUUGUGGAGAGCUUCAGAAACACCUGGAACUAGCAGGUUCAAAGAAAACAACCACCAUGGCCUGUAUGAGCGCUAACCACGCAAGACUCCACUGCUGAAGAAAAAGCAAGCUGAAGAUUGUUUAAAGUUUGCUGCACAACGCCUGUGAAAUACUGGGAGAAUAUACACAGACCAGGCAUAACAUUAUGACCACCUGCCUAAUAUUGUGUUGGUCCGAUGCCCAAACAGCCCUGACCCGUCCUGCACUGUGUAUUCUGACCCCUUUCUAUCAGAACCAGCAUUAACUUCUUCAGCAGUUGGAUCAACAGUAGCUCGUCUGUUGGAUCGGAUCACACGGUCCAGCCUUCUCUCCCCACGUGCAUCAAUGAGCCUUGACCGUCCAUGACCCUGUCACCGGUUCACCACUGUUCCUUCCUUGGACCACUUUUGAUAGAUACUGACCACUGCAGACCGGGAACACCCCACAAGAGCUGCAGCCAUCACAAUUUGGCCCUUUUGGUCAAACUCACUCAAAUCCUUACACUUGUCCAUUUUUCCUGCUUCUAACAUUGAGGACAAAAUGUUCACUUGCUGCCUAAUAUAUCCCACCCACUGACAGGAGCCAUGAUGAGGAGAUACUCAGUCUUAUUCACUUCACCAGUCACUGGUCACAGUGUUACGCUUGAUUGGUGUUGUCUAGUCAGAUGAGACCAAAAUGGAACUCUCUGGAUGCCAUGUUUGGAGGAGAAAUGGCGCUGCACAUCACCCCAAAAACACCAGACCAACAGUGAAGUUUGAUUGAUGCCGUGUAAGAGGAAUAAAACACUUGUGUGAUUAUACAGUAACCCUGCUUCAUCACAUCACCAUGUAGUUUCACUAAAACACACACAUACACACACACACACACACACACACACACAUACACACACACACACAUAUACACACACACACGUGUUUAUCUGCUCAAAUUCUCUAAAAGUUUUCUCAAACAUCUCAACUAUACAGAUAAUUUGUAUGAUGAACUUCCGGUCCUCAGACAGCUGGCCAGCAGAGGGCGCUUUUCAGUUCCAUCACCACAUGAUGUCUUUGACGCUUGUGGUUGAAUUCUACAACAUAUCAAUUUUCCAUCUAGAAGUCUUUCUCACGUUCGGAUCGUGAAGUCAUUCAUUCCAGCCGAGUGAAACAGACGCUGGUCUUCAGCUCAACCUCCUGUCCGAUGAUCAGCUGUACAGAUGUUUAGCUCCAUUUCUGUAAAGUUUUAUGUUUCAGGUUGGAUUGUCCUGCACCAGUUCCUCCAGAAGCUC